CCGAUCUUCACGAGCCACUCCAAGAAACCGCCGCCCCCACCCAUUAUUUAUACACGUCUCUUCUGCUUUUCACCAUUUAGUUUCUUCCUCUUCCUCCUUCCCUGUUCUCUCUUUCAGCUAUGGAGAACUACCCCGUCUUAUUUCCUUGUCCUAAUCCUUCGAGUUAUUCUGCGUCCGGGAGUGCCAUGGGAAGCUCUCAUCAGCUUCUUGGUCUGAGCAAUAAUAUUAACUUGGAGGCUCAGAUUAACUCGAGUGGGUUCCUGGGAUUGAGGCCCGCGGAGAGUGAUGAUCACGAAAAGUUGCAGACACUGAGAGGAGAUGAAAGCGUGUUGAGGAGCAGGGACGAUCGGGGUGGUUCCGGGAAGAAGAAGGGAGAGAAGAAAGUGAGGAAGCCCAGGUAUGCUUUCCAAACAAGGAGUCAGGUGGAUAUACUCGAUGAUGGCUAUCGGUGGAGAAAAUAUGGCCAGAAAGCUGUCAAAAACAACAAAUUCCCCAGGAGCUACUACAGGUGUACGCAUCAAGGAUGCAAUGUGAAGAAACAAGUGCAACGGCUAACGAAAGACGAGGGCGUAGUGGUGACCACGUACGAGGGAGAGCACAACCAUCCCAUCGAGAAGACUACCGACAACUUCGAACACAUUUUGAGUCAGAUGCAAAUAUACACUCCCUUUUAGAUCCUUCAACUUAAUUAUCUCGUCCAGCCUUCUUUUUUAAUUACCUCACAGUACAUGCAUGAAAAUCUUGAUCACCCACGCUUGCAUGUGGAUCCUCUCGAGUGCAAAUUCAUAUGUUUCCCUGAAGUUUCCAUUUUUUGGAACCAAAGCCAAGAGUUUCCUCUUUUAGAAAUAAUAAAGAUGUCUAUCCAAAAUAAGCAAACUUCAGGGAUGUAUGGAUGCUCGACGCGCGACUACGGAGAUCUAUCCAUACUCAGGCCAAGUAGUAGGUAUACCAGAAUCUGCUUGCUGCUAUAUAUGUAUGGGGACAAACCCUUUAGAGACAGUCUCUUAUUCCUUCGUAAUCUUUAGCUUAAUUAGGCCAUGUAAAUUGAGUCCCACUCCAGUUUCUUACCGUUUGAAUCAUAUACAGAUUAAUUAAUAAUUAAUACCCUUUAUUUCUUUA